AUGCAGCCGUGUACAGUUCAGGAUAUCGGAGGAGGGGAAGGGGCUGCCAUAUUCUUCGUGCUAGCCCUGGAGAGUACUGCCAAGUCAAGCACUGCGGCGAACGCCCUUCGUACAGCGAUGACGGCUACGAGCCAGCAGUGCACCGAGGAGGCCGACGUGCACUACAUGGGCCGGGACGGUCGGAUCCACCGGUUCUGCACUCGGCACAAGGAGCCGGUAGUCGUCUUGGAGCAGGCCGUGCAAUGCCAGCACGGCGAAUGCGACGGGACUCCGCGGUACGGGGGACACGACGGGCCUCUCACCUUUUGCCGCGCGCACAAGCGAGCGGGCAUGUACACCACUCGCGACGGCGUGCUCUACGUGGCGACUCGGGAUGGCAGCGCCUUCAGGAAAGAUCCUGGGCCUCCACGUGCUACCGUUAACGGCGACAGGGAGGGGGCGACCGCUGCUGCAGACGCAGCAGCGAUCACCACAGGCGGGCCAGAGACCGCUACCCCGGCUACUCCAAGCCGCGGCCCCAAGACAGAUGCCAAGCAGACUGCAGCACCCACGGUGCUCUCUCCUUCUCAAGCUGCUGAAGAAGUCAACACUCCGCCACCAGGGUCGAAGAAGGGUCAAACGCUCCACCGGAAGUUGUGCGAGGUUCCGGGAUGCAACGUUCAGCCCAGCUUCGGCGCUCCGGGCACCGGAAAGCCUAGGUUUUGCACGGGGCACAAGCAGGAGGGGCACGUGAGCCUCAAGAACCGCCCAUGUAUAUUCCCGGGGUGCAACACCAGGCCACACUACGGCCCUUCGAUGGGCCGUCCGGUGUUCUGCGCCACCCACAAGAAGAAGUCCCACGUGCACCUGUUGAAGGAGGCCGAGAGCUUGGGGAAGCUGCAGGAGCUUGACACACAACGCCGCCGCAAGUUGCUCAAAAGCACAUGCAAGAAGGAACGUUCCGCCGAUGCCAAGCGCCCGAACAAAAAGGCCAAACGCGAGACUAAGGGUGACGUUUCGCCGGAGGUGGAAGGGAAGGGCCAGAAGACCAAGAAAAAAAAGGACAAAUCGGACAAGGGGGUGCCUCAAAGGGAAGGCGCGGAUGAGUCCCCCCGAGCGGCGGACGACGGCGGCGGCGGCUCCGGCGGUCGCAGGGCCCGCGCCCCGUCGCGGAAGUUCCUCGAGGCCUCGGGAAGGGUAGCCGACGAGGGCGCACAGCUGCUGACCAAGGCCAAGAAGGAGGAGGAGAACAGGCUUAAGAGGGAGAUGAAGGAGCAGCGGAGGGCAGCCAAGUCGGCGGGGCUCAAGCUCGGGGAGGUAAUCGAGGCCACCACCGUUCCGCUGUGCGAGGAGGAGGAGCCCGGGAGCGGGGGCGGCGGCGGCGGGGGCGGCGGCGGGAGCCGGGGGAGCGACGGCGGUGGCGACGCGUUUAGCGUCGGUGAAGCGUCGCCAUCGUGGAGGAAGCUAAGCCUUUCGGGCAUGCUGCGGGCAGCCCAACAGCAGCAGCAAGAAGAACAACAACCGGCGGAAGCGGAAGCGAAGCAACGAUCCUUGUCCACGAAGGACUCUGGCACCAAGAGCGGAGCAGUGCCGACCGCGGGCAAGAAGCGGGAGAGGCCGAGUGCGCCGGCCGCUGCCCCGGAGAACGGCGGCAGCAAGCCGCCGAAAGGGGACGGUGGCGAGCCGACUGGCACACCCAGCCAAAGGCGCGGCAAGACCAGCAGCAGUAGCGGAAGAACCGACAACGGAAAGAGCUCCAAGCGCCUCAGGUUGUCGAACGGAAGCGGUGGUGGCGGCGGUAGCCGUGGCGGAAAGGGUCACGACAGCGAGGGAAAACGGCGGAGCCCCCGGGGACACGAGGGCGAGGGGGAGAGCGGUGGCAAGACGGGAGGGGGAACUGUCAACGGCAAGGUCUUGUGCGAGAUCGACACCUGCUACAGGCCGGCUUCGUACGGGAUAGGCGACACCGCGCGCCUUUGCCGUACGGUGUCGUUCAUCGUGUCGUGGCUGUGGCGGUUAUCACAGAAAGGUAGCAUUUGAGAGCAGCGGGGCGCGUGGUUCAGAUCUUCGUUCCAAGCAGCAACAAACCGCGUGCAUUGCUGCCUAAAGUGGGUGCCAUCGAGACCUCCCACUCGCCGCGCUGUGCGACGCGCGGGUGCCAUAGUCCGUUUGUGCAGAUUGAACCACACCAGCGGCACAGUUUGCACUUACACGCUGUCUCGGACAGGUGCCACAUGGCUGGGACUACGGCGUAAGCUUUGCGGUAAGGGUCACGGGUAGUGUACCGUCCAGUGGCUCCACUAAGUCGCAAAAAGUGUUGAGCAUCUUGCUCAGGUGUAGGGAGCACGGGCACGACUAGCUGCUGUCAUGGCCGCUGUCGAAGGUGGUGCGCCGCAGGUGGGGCCGAUGCUGAAAGCUACAAGCGAGGCGGCUUCGUGAAGGCGCUUGGGGCACGUUCGUGCAUACCCUGAACGCUGAACGAGUCCUGUGUGCUUUUUGGGUGUUUAUUUCACUCGGUUUCCUUCAACUGUUGGCUUGAUGCUGGCCGUUCUGCUUCUUAUCGUCGAGUGGGAUGUUUGUUGAGGGUAGCGGGUGCGGACGUACGUGUGGUGGUGUUGAUGGAGUCGGGGUCAUUAGAGGAUCAUGCCCUAAGACCGUCUGUGGUAGAGGUCGUGUUUUUUUUUUCUUCUGUUCUACCGUUUUGGAACAGCUUAGAGUACAAGAUGAAACGAAUGCCGACCUCAAAUGUUCGGUUUUGAUGCUGCUCGUGUUGUGUGCCCCUGGCUUGCGUGCGUUUUG